AUGGCUGCGGCUGGGACUGUAGAAGCCAUGAAGAGGCUAUUUGAAAACGGUGGAAAUUCAGAAUCAGGAUCUUUUAUAAAUGGUCAUGAUAACCUUCACAAUGGAACAUCUCGUGGCUCUAAUAGCCACAGUAAUCUUGCGAAAAGUGUUAAUAUUCAAAACGGCCAUGCAAACAGCGUUUUGUCUUGUAGUACCUCAAGCGAACGAUUGUACGUAGAUAUGGCUUCAACGGAACAAUCCAGGAACAAACUCACCCCUCCAAAAGUCAAACCUAAACCCCAUGUGUAUCGUAAGACAGCUCCCACUGUUCAACCGGAAUCAUCAGACAAGUUCAAGAUUCUUAAUAAUAAUGAAAAAAUAAAAAGUGGCUCCGCAGUAGGAUCUUCUAUGCUUGGAUACAAGGCUGCUAAUGGAACGAAGGAAAAUAAUGUUCCUCCCUCGAGAUUGCCUAUUUCUUCCAAUGAACCUGGCUCUAAACACUCAGCAGUGUCGGGGAAUGAUGUUGGCAUUAAGACAAAUAAAGAAAGAAAUGAAAGUGAUGCACUCUCGUCUGUGUCCAUUUCUUCACGAAAUCCCUCUAAGAAGCCCCCACCGAUUCCUAAAAAACCGAAGUCUAUACUAAGUGGUUACAGCAAUGAUGGCUUACGUACGCACUACAAAUACGAUGAGGCGCUGAAGGAACAAUUCGGCCUUAAGGUGGAUCAAUCCUCCUACGAUCUUACUGGGCGCUGGGUGGCAUACCAGGCCGAGAGGCAGCAAGAGACUGUCUUGAAUAAACUAAAAAAAAGGGGAACUGAAACCGUCGGUAAGACUUUGCUAAACGGAGAACCACUAAACCUUUCACGAACAUCAUCGAUAACUAGCAGCACAGGACGGUCAUAUUCUAACUUUACUAAUUCCAGCAUUCGAUCUAUCCUGAAAAAGGGUCGUCCUUCAUUAGGAGUUGAGAAUAAAAAGAGGCUCACAUUUAAGGAUGAUAAUGAAUUGAUCACUAAAUACAACUAUCCCUCAGAAGAAAGUUAUGAUGAUGUGGACAGCCUAGACCGAUAUCGAUCCGCAUUGGAUUCGGACUCUGACUCCUCGUCGACUUUUGACGAACCAGAGGACUAUAACUUUGACAACGUUAAUACAGUAAACAAUCCUCGAUCAUCAGGUGAUAGAAUAAACGAAAACAGGAUCUUAUUUGCUGGGUCCACCGCAUCCUCCAGCACCCUUAAAGGCUUGACAGCGCAUCAGCAGAAGCAUUCCAGUCACUCCUCCCGGAACAACUAUAGCAGCAGCAAGAACAACAGCGAUGCUGGCGGCGCCAUUGGCAACAACAACAGCGGCAAAAAAAUAACCGAGAGGAACAGCUCUGCUAAAUGCUCCGAAGCAUUCACAUUCAAUCCACUUAUAGUGAAACCCUCCAAAGGUGGCAGUUUUGCACACUCGAUCCAUAUCAUAGCCCUCCUUAAGUCUCUUUCUCCAACACAUGACUCACAUCCCCUCGAGAACAGCCCAAAGAACCUCUCACUCCACAUGACUAUCAAGCGGCUUUCAAACGGUUCUCUGACGGACCCCUAUACCACUACUAGUAUCAAGCGGUCCUGUAAUGAAUUGGGCCCUAGUGAAACGGCCGCAGCCACCACCAUGUCGAUUCCGCGCGAUUUGUGGACUAGUAAAUGGUCGGGAGCGAGCACCACCCCUUCAAGUCUGCACGCAUUGGUGCUCACCGCCCUCCACUAUCUUAAUGAGAAGGCUGAAAAAUGGGUACAGCUCUUGUAUAACCUCGAAACCCAUCCAAAGUUCCCUCAAUUGUUAGUCUUCCUUCUUGCGGAACGCGAGAUCCUAGUAGCUGCCCAAAGUGGACACGACUUCAAUAACCCUUCCGCUUUGAGACGUUGGUAA